AAGGCGGACCGUGGUUUUGUCGUCACACGUCAAAAGUUAAUCUUCAGCGCUUCCCCCUGAUCUCAAUGUUUAAACUGGGCGUCUUAACACAUUUGAUUCACUGAACAGACGGCAGUGCCAAACGUCCAGCAACCAGACGAGCUGAUUUUUUUAUACUUCCUUAUAUUACUGCACUCCUGCUCGGAGUAAAAUCUGAAAAUGAAAAAAGCGCUAAAGACCUUUCUGAUCUUCUGCUUAGUGGCUGCAACGACUGCACAAGGUUCAAGCACAACCACAGGUCCUGCCACCACCACUGAUGCAGCUCCUACAACUCAAGGCCCAAUAAGCUCGACGACUCCUUCCCCCCUUGUCACUGAAACCACUACAACACAAGGCACAAGCACAGGUCCUGUCACCACCACUAAUGCAGCUCCUACAACACAAGGCCCAAUAAGCUCGACGACUCCUUCCCCCAUUGUCACGGAAGCCCCUACAACACAAGGCCCAAUAAGCUCGACGACUCCUUCCCCCAUUGUCACUGAAUCCACUACAACACAAGGCUCAUCAAGCACGGCUUCUGCCAACACCACCUCUGCAGCUGCAGGCACAACAGACACAGGCUCUACGACACAAGAUGGCACAACAAGCACAGCUCCUCCCACCACCACGACCACUCCAGCCACUACGACACAAGGUCCAUGUGCAUCUAGUCCUUGUAUUGGAGGCAGUACCUGUGAAAAUCGCUUUGAAGGAUCGUUUGCUUGCAUCUGUCGGCCUGGGCUAUUUUAUGAUGAAAAUGACGGCUGUAUUCGAAGAAAGGUCUUCCCUGGUAAUUUCAAAUUAAACGAGGAUUUUAAAAAAGAAAUGGCUGACACAACAUCUAAAGAGUUUAAAGACAAAGCUCAGGAAAUUGAAGAUGAUCUCAGGGAGUCUUUGAAGGAAGUAGAUGGUUAUAUUAGGUCCAUUGUUUUAAAACUGAGUAAUGGCAGUAUAGUUGCAGAAGUACAGAACAUCUUUGAGCCAUCAUCCACCGCCACAUCAGAAAAAAUUGAAGAAAGCAUUGAAGUUUCAUUUCCUGACAGUUUUGAAAGCGUCACUUUGUGUGGUGCUGGUGCUUGUGACAGUAGAACCACAAAGUGUAAUGAGCAGCCAGGGGGUGGUGCUGUAACAUGCACUUGCCUAGAUGGCUACAUAAAGUCUGAUUUCUCAACAGAUUCCUGCAUUGCUUGCCCAAGUGGGGAGAAAGCAGUGGAUGGCAAAUGUGAAAAAUGUCCGUUUGGCUUUGCUGGAUUUAACUGCGAUGAUUCAAAUCUUUUGAUUGUGGUCGUGGUAUCUGCUGUGUUGGGUUCAUUGCUGAUCAUCUUCAUGGUGUCCCUGAUAGUUGUAAGCUGCAGGAAUCAAAAGGGAAGUUCCUCACCAGAGGUAGACUUUAGCUUAAGUUAUGGCAAUAAGGAUUUGCAUAAACCUACAGGAGUUCCCAGGAUCCCUCGGGCUAACCCUGAGUCCAACUGGAAGUCUAACAAUCUGGAGAUGACCAAUAGUGACAGUAAUCAGAGCCUGGUGACCAGAGAUCGCCCAGAAAGCAAAGGGCGCUACCAUGAAUAUGAAGAGGCACCGAGUUACAGGACUCAAGUUCCCCCAGCGUAUUCGGGUUACUCUGCUGCAAGAGGAAUGGAUAAUGGCGGUGUCCAAAACCCAUACUUCCGGCAAGAUGAUGACAGAAUGCACAGAUAUUAAUAAUAUUGGACCAUGAGAACAAUUAGAUGAGUUGUCUUCAUCUUCAUGUACUGAAUGACAUUAUUUAAUUUAAAAAAUAAUACAUUUUAAAAGUUUGUAAUGACAUUGCAAUCUUAAAUACAACUUUUUUUCCUGCUAAUGAAUCAGCUUAUGGGCUUCACUCUUGAUACAAGUGUUUGCUUUGAAGUAUUUGGAGGAAAUGUCUCAUUAACUGUUGAAUGGAAGCUCUUUACCAACUUACAAACAUAAAAUCAGUUUUAUUUAUCCUAAAACACACCCAUGUGUUAAAUUAAAUGGUAAAAUGAGAGGCUAAGUUUGAUAUGUGAAUAUUUGUAUUUAUGUCAUUUUUUUGGGCUUGUGUUUAGUGUUGCUAUAAUGCUUGUGCUGGAACUCAGGUGUACAUAAAAGAAUCUUAAAUCAUUUGAGAUAUUCAAGCUGUAAUAUGAUUAUUGCAUUUUCAAACUGUAACCAUUUGAAGUAUUAUAUGAUGUUUUGACAAUUCAGUUGAAGUAUUUUAUUAUAAAUUAAAGAAAUAUAAUAAAACAAUAUGAUUUUUUCAAAUAACAAAGUUAUAACGUUUUUAAUAAAUUUCCAAAUGUAUCUAUU